AUGCACGCCAUAUUGCUGUUGCUGUUAUUCAUCUCUGUUUUUGCUACAGUAGACGGAAGCGAAUAUACGUGGAGGGUACUUUUUUUUGAAAAGUUAUAUAUAUGAGCUACGGCUAGAUCAAUUUGUCUUCAUAAUACAGUGAAACUCUUGUAUAACAAACUCCUGUAUAACAAAAACCCCGUAUAACGAACAAUUUUUGAAUCCCCGUCUACACCACACAGUGCAUUAAAAACUCCUGUAUAACGGAACUCCUUUAUAACGAACAAAUUUUAAGACCCCAAGCGAUUCGUUAUACAGGAUUUCGACUGUAGUAUGUAAUUUAGAGAAUAUGCCUGAAGAGAAAAGAUGAAACUCGUGUGGCCUACCUACGCCCUAUUGCAUCUGACGAGCUUGAUGAAAGAUUUCGAAGAGGAGCCCUAGAGUUGGGCAUUACUGCCCAGAAAUGUGUAAGUCUUGCUUUUAUUCACAUUGUCAUAUACAACGUAUUUUAGUUGGUUUUUUUAAAAACCAGGUCCUUUUCCUAGCCCUAGAGCCGACGUUUAUGAAUCUAGCCUCUUUAAAAAAUCACUUUGUCUCGGCCAAUAUAAGGCCAGACCAAGGGGGGGGGGUGCCAAAGGGCUCCCCCUGUUGCUACAAGAGUUCCUUACGCAAGAAUUUGUAAUGCAGGUGUGUGUUAUGAGUUAAUGAUAAGGAAGUUCCUCUGUUCUUAAAACCUAAUGAAGAAACUGUUGUUUAGAAAGCAGCCAACAAACAGACUUGCUAUGAAUGCUUCAACUCUAUUUCAAAAGGCCUCGUACUUCAGAUCAAACAACACACUUUUGUAGAUUUUGAUUGCGAAUCGUACUGCCCUGAACGCUCAGAAUAUUAA